UGUUCAGAUGGAGCGACGAGCGCGGCUGUGAACAUGGUCCGGUGAGCGCGGCGGCAUGCUGCAGGUGGAGAGCCUGAAGCGGGCGUCGCCGAGCCCGUCGCGCGCGUCCGUGCGCAGCGAGGGCCGCGGCGGCCGCCCGCGCGUCAUCACCGUCAACCGCGACGCCGCCACCAUGGUGGACGCGCGCGCCUGCGAGCCCUGCGCCGCGCCGCCGCCGCCGCACUUCCGCUCGCGCACCUUCAGCGACGGCUUCAUCCGCAACACCAGCCUCGAGCUGCUGCUGGGCGUGGACUGCGACGCGUGCCUCGCGCUGCAGCACCAGCAGCGCCGCGACCUAGACCUGGUCUGCAGCUGCGACGUCACGCACAACGACUUCGUGAACUACGGGCGGGCGCCGCGCGACCCCGAGCAGCGCCCGCGCUCGCUCGACAUCUACCAGCUCGAUCGGUUCAAGCGCGAGCCGCCGCGCCCCCGCCUCGCCAUCGGUGAACACCGCAGUCUCGACAGAAAACACACCAAGAGCAAAGGGGUCUCCAAUUAUCUUUCGAAACAGAUCAUAUCGUACGAUCCGACUAAUACCCUAGUACAGAAGAUUAAACGGAAGCUAUCCAAUUUAAAAAAGAUUAGCGGAGAUACGAUAUCGAAGAAACAUCAGAACGCGCUGCAGCUGGCGGACAUCGCGUCGGGCUCCACCGGCUCGCUCAAGAAGCUCUCUAUGCUGUCGCUGGUCGACAAGUCGAGCCGCCGCGUCAACAGCCAGAGUUGUAUAUUCUCCUCGUCGUCGCAGUAUCAACUAAAAGACGAUAUGAAAACGAACGCGCCUACUUAUGCCAAUUUUUCCGGUAACUUGGACCAACAAUGUUUAGAGAGAUUGCGAGACUGUAAUGCCGAGACGAGUAGGAGGACUCCGCAAAAGUUAAUUAAAAUGCGAAGUUUUGAUAACAACGAAGAUUUAGUAACUAGGAACUCUGUCGGUAUCGAGAAAACAAAGUUCUCGACUCUAGAUAACCGCAGUCGGUGUCGAAGCAUGCGUCGCCAGAUGUCGUACAACGAGUUCCCUCUGUGCCGCGAGCGCUCGCUGGUGUGGGAGGGUGAGGAGUGCGGGGGCCGCGGGGGGGACGAGCCCAUGGACGAGGACCCCGCCUUCCUGGACCCCGAGCUCAUGAUGCACUGCACCUGCGAGAGUGACCACGACAAGCGGAUACCUUCAAUAUUCUACGACACUCACGGCAAGAAGCGUCCGUCGCCGGCGCCGGACGUGACGGAGCGCGGGGCGUGCCGCGCCUGCAAGCCGCACUGGCCGCCCGCCUCCUCCACCAGCCACAGCUCCACCACCACCGCUAACUCUACCAGGAUGUCGGUGUGGCACCGGCGCUGGUGCUGCGUGGCGGUGCUGGUGCUGGUGGCGGGCUCGGCGUGCGUGGCGGGCCCGCUGGCGCUGCGCGCGCCGCCCGGGGCGCCGCUGCACGAGCGCCUGCGCCUGGCCGACCGCCUGCUGCACGACACGCCGCUCGUCGACGGACACAACGACCUGCCCUGGAACAUACGCAAGUUCCUGCACAACAAAAUCAAGGACUUCAGGUUCGACGAGGACCUGCGCACCAUCUCGCCGUGGGCCACCAGCUCGUGGAGCCACACCGACCUGCCGCGGCUCAAGCAGGGCCGCGUCGCCGCGCAGUUCUGGGCGGCGUACGUGCCGUGCGACGCGCAGCACCGCGACGCCGUGCAGCUCACCUUCGAGCAGAUCGACCUCAUCCAGCGCCUCACGGAGCAGUACCAGCCGCAGCUCAAGCUCUGUACCACCGCCGACGACAUAAUAGCGGCUCACGCGAACCACCGCAUCUGCUCGCUGGUGGGCGUGGAGGGGGGCCACGCCAUCGGCGGCUCGCUGGGCGUGCUGCGGACGCUGUUCCAGGUGGGCGUGCGGUACCUCACGCUCACGUCCACGUGCGACACGCCCUGGGCCGAGUGCGCGCAGUCCCCCGACAAGGACAGGACCGCUGGACUCACGCCCUUUGGCAAGGUGGUGAUAAAGGAGAUGAACCGGCUGGGCAUGCUGGUGGACCUGUCGCACGUGUCGGAGCGCACGAUGCGCGACGCGCUCGCCGUGUCGCGCGCGCCCGUGCUGUUCUCGCACUCGUCGGCGCGCGCGCUGUGCAACGUCACGCGCAACGUGCCCGACCCCGUGCUGCGCCUGCUGGCCGCCAACAAGGGGCUCGUCAUGGUCAACUUCUACACGUCUUUUCUAACGUGCAAGGACACCGCCACCGUCAGGGAUGCUAUAGCGCACAUAAACCACAUUCGUGACGUGGCCGGCGUGGACUGCGUGGGCCUCGGGGCCGGUUACGACGGGAUUAAUUACACGCCGCAAGGGCUGGAGGACGUGUCGUCGUACCCGCUGCUGUUCGCGGAGCUGAUGGAGGAGGGCUGGAGCAUGGAGGAGCUGCGCAAGCUGGCCGGCCUGAACCUACUGCGCGUGCUGGGCGCGGCCGAGCGGGUCGCCAAGGAACUCACCGCCUCGCAGGUGACGCCGUACGAGGAUGCGCUGCCCCGGACGCCCGACGCACACAACUGCUCCAGUCAGGACCUAUAAGUACCACGCUGGUGAAAUUGUUAGUUAAGUUGGUAAUGGUUGUAUAGAUACAUGAUAACAGUGUGCAGAAUUGUUCUUUCAAGAGACAAACAUAACUUUUCAAUUGUAUUUUUUAUGUUGAUUAAUACACUUCUCACGUAUAAAAUAGUAGGUAGCGAUUGUCCGCUUACAGUUGAAAUGAACUGAAAUAUCGACCCUUUUUAACAAGCUCCUGGUGGGCUAUUACCGGUGAAAUGCUUUUGUUACUCGUACUUUUGCUUCACGGCAACCAUUGCGUAGAAUUUACUUAAAAGCCGUUAUUUAUGAUCUCGAUAUUUGUGACCCGUCGCUUCAAUCAUUUAGUGGUAUAAGGAACUAUGGUUAGUGUGUCUUGUACUAUCCCAAAGCUAAGCUAGUUAAAGUUCAGUAUCGAUUGAUACUAUCAAUCAUAGCUUUAUCCAAAGACCAACUUAGUGAAUUAUUAUUAGCGUAGGAGAAUUAGUGAAAAUUUUGAUAAAUUUUAAUACAUAAAACUUACAUUAUAUUAUGUAUCUAUUAUACAUAGAUAUACUAUUGCAAUAUUAGACCCUAUGAUGGAAAUAAUAGACGGAUCUUAAGACUGAAAUGUUUUGAAAGUAAUUUAGUGUACGUUAUGAAUUAUAAGAAUAUUGGUAGAGACAUUCUCUUAUUCUAUCUUAAGAUGUGUUUAUUAUUCCUUUAUUUCAAAUUAAGGAGUUAGUAAAAUUUUCUAAAACCCCUGUAGUACCUGCGAAACUUUAAUUCUUCUUCAGAGUGUAUUCUUCGAGACAUAUCCAAAUAGGUACUUACGUAAUAAUAAUAUUAAUAUUUGUCUAUCAUUAAAAUUCAAUUUCAAUGUUAAUAGGAUUUGUAUUUAAGUAGAGAUUGAAAUUAAAUGUUGUUACGUUAUUUUGUGAAACAGUUUAAGUAUGUAAUUCAAUUAGAAUUUGUCUCAAUAAUUAAUUAUCGAGAGGUUUACUAUAUUUGUUGGUAUUUACAUGUUUUAAUCGAUAUAUCAAUUAUCAAAAUGUACUUAGCUUUAAUUUGGUAAGUAGGUAAGGUAACAGAAAAUAUUAUGGUAGGUGGUUUGUUUCACAUUUACGUACAAAAAUAAGUUAGGUUUAAAUAAUAGCUCUAUUAUGAUUACACUCAACGCCGUCGCUUUUUUCUUAAAGACUUAAGUUUUUUUUUUAAUUAUCUCUUAACUAAGUUAUAGAGCUUGCUUCUAAAAUCCACUGAUAAUUCGUUAUACGCUUUUUAUACUAAAUUCCUAUAACUACUUACCUAUAUACCCAAGAAAAAGCACUUAUUUACAUAAGUACCGCCGAAUAUAAAAAAUUCUAAAGAACGGCCACGUAUCCUAUGGAAACGUUUGUUUUUCAUUUAUAACACUAGGCACGUAUUUAAUUCGGCCAUGAAUUAUACGUAACUUGAGUAAAAUUCACCCGUUUACGAAACCGGCAACAGUCGUUCAAUCCUAUCCUACUUCCUAAGGGUCCUUAAAUUAAAUUGGAAAAGACGAGAGAUCUUGCGUUCUUGUCUAGUGGUCGGUGGCUGCCUGUUUGCUACAAUUGUGCCAAAGAAAUCGAGAGAUUUUUAUAAUAAUGCUUUGUUCUUAAAACUUAGUUGUACUAGGUAUACAAGUAAUUGUUAAGUUUACCUUCCGUUAAUGUUAUUAACUAGUUAAGUAUUAAUUUUAUGAACUCUAGGUACUUCUAUAGUUACCUACCAAUUUGCAAAUAGCUAGGAAAAGAAUACCCACUGAUAAGACAGCAAUAUAUUUAGUGUAGGUGGGUCCAAUACCUAUACCUACUCUGCUCGUACACAUAGGCACGAUAUGUCUGGGUUAUUGUCACAAUAGCUAACUCGUGAAUAGAGCGUGUUCUACAUAGAGGAAUAUCCACCUACCAAUUUUGAGUUUGUGCCAAAAUUGUAUGUUGAUCGAGACAAUUAACUGGGUUUGUACCUAUUGUGUAACUUAUACGUUAAAUGUCGAUAUUUAGUAGUAAGCGCAAUAGGUACUAUUGCCUUAAAAAUCUUAAUAAUAAUACAGAUUUUAGGGAAAUUUGGUAGAUUUUUUAAUGUAUUUAUUCUAUGCUUGUGAGACAUUUGUAUUUUAAGACCCCGAAAUGCAAAAAUAAACCAAAAAUU